CUGUAUGAGAGUUAGUUAUAUAGACUUGAACUAUUCAAAAAAUCUAUUUUGUUUUUGCUUGCUAUAUAUUUCAAAUCUUGGAAGAAAGGUAUUGGCUGUUUUAGUGAAAAAUGAUGGUUGACAAGUUGGAGAAGAAAAUUAGAAUAAGAGAUUACAAUGAAGAGAAAGAUAUGAGAAUGGUAGGGAAACUUGAGAAGAACUGUGAGAUAGGGUCUAAUAAAGAAGUGUCCAUUUUCACCAACAUGAUGGGUGACCCCUUAUCUAGGAUUAUCUCCUAUCCCCUUCAUAUUAUGCUGGUGGCGGAGCUGCUUGAAAAUGGAGAAGUUGUUGGUGUGGUAAGAGGAUGCAUCAAGUGUGUGGGUAUUACUAGAUUUGAAGCAACCUGUGUGAGGUUGGGUUGCAUUCUUGGCCUUCGAGUCUCUCCCAAACAUCGUCGGAUGGGAAUUGGGUUAAAACUGGUGAAGUCAGUUGAGGAAUGGCUAGUGGAAAAUGGAGCUCAUUACACCUUCCUAGCUACUGAAAAAGACAACGUGGCCUCAACCAAUCUCUUCACUUACAAGUGCAAUUACAUCAACUUUGCUUCACUCGUCAUAUUUGUUCAACAAACUAGUCCCCCAAUAAAAACUUUAUUACCCUUUGAAGACAUCAAGAUUGAAAAGCUACAAAUAGACCAAGCAAUAUCUUUGUACAACAACAAGCUAAGAGACAAAGAUAUAUACCCAAAAGAUAUUGAAGCAAUUCUGAAGGAGAAUUUAAGUCUUGGGACAUGGGUGUCAUAUUUUAGAGAAGAAGAUUUUAUAAUCUUGCACAACAAUAAUCAGAGUAAUAAUAAUGGUAAAGGUGAAGAAAAUUUUAGUGCUCAAAAUAAUCCAAGUUCAUGGGUAAUUUUUAGCAUAUGGAAUUCUUGUGAGGCGUAUAGGUUUCAUAUUACAAAGUCUAAUAAUCAUCCAUUUAAUAAGUUUUUUCAUGCAACUUUAAGCCAUGCAAGAGACAAGAUUUUCCCAUGUCUUAAAUUACCAAUUUCUGACUCACUGCAAAAGCCAUUCGGUUUCUUGUUUCUGUAUGGGUUAUAUGGUGAAGGAGCAAGAUUAGAGGAGCUUAUGAAAUCUAUUUGGAGUUUUACAUCAAGAUUGGCUGAAAAUAUUAAAGAUUGUAAAGUGAUUAUUACUGAGUUAGGUGUUACUGAUCCUCUGAUGCAGUAUGUGCCACACGAUCAAUUUUCGAUGUCGUUUAUCGAUGAUCUUUGGUAUUUGAAGAAAGUUAAUGGUGUCAAUGAUGAGCUUAUGGCGACGAGUCAAGCAGGGAAUAAUUUAUUUGUUGAUCCAAGGGAUUUUUAGGGUUUACCAGAGCUUGCUAGCUUAAUUAUGUACCCUAGACUAUUAAUAUAUAGUAUUUAAUUGCAUAUAUAAAAUAUAUAUAUUUGGUA